AUGCUGACUGCUCUUCAUGCAGCAAAGGAGAAGCUUUCACAAUACUAUGCUAUGACGGACGAGAUUGAUAGUGAUCUCUAUGCAAUUGGCACAAUUAUCUCUCCACAGCAGAAGCUCCAGUUCUUCCGUAGGAAGGAAUGGCAUGAUCUGAAAACGGAUUGGCAUGGACAAUAUCGCAAGAGUCUUGAAGAUUACCUUGAGGUUUACAAAUGGCGUCUUUCAGAUAUACAGUUGGUAUCCAAGGUUCAGUCGUCUGCAACUGUAAUAUUGGAACUCGAGGUCUUUUGCGAGCCAGAGGAGUCAUCUGGACUUCAUCACUCGUCUUCUAGUCAUUGUGAUGAGCUAACACAAUAUCUCAAAAGUAUUUAUUGUCCGUACCCGGCCCUACUGGCUAUGACAGACCACUGGAAGUCUUGGUGA